CGUAAAAUAAUAACGAUGAGCUGGAAUUACCAUGGAGUUACUCGCUGCUUCUCGUUUGUCUUCCUUUGUCUCUUUUUUUCGUCUCGUACGUGUCGACGAGCAUCGACACGAUAAAAAAUGAUUUACAAUGAUCUGUGAGAGGAGUUCCGUCAUAAGCGUGUUAGAGAAAAUUAUAACGAAGGUCGAAGAACUCGGCGAUGACACGGCCGUCGUUAACAAGAGCGUGAAACGAAAAUUCGACGCGAAGCACGAUUCGAGUAAAAAGAUCAAGUUGAGCUUACAGGACUCUUUCGAAGAGUUACAUUGCCGCAUUUGUUACGAUUCUUCGCUGCAUUUACCUAUAAUUUAUCCGUGCAAGUGCAAGGGAACCAUGGGCGCGAUCCAUUUGAAAUGUUUGGAACACUGGCUUGAAGAGAGCAACAGGAACAGUUGCGAACUGUGCGGGCACAAGUUCGAUAUCAUGCGAACGCCUCGCUACAACGUUCUGCAAUCUAUAAUAAUUUGGAUGUGCCUUAACCAGCAGCAACAUCAACUGCACGUUCGCAGUUUAAAGGCCGAUCUCUUCCGUAGCAUGAUAAUCACGCCCCUGGCGAUCGGUUGUUGUUACGUUUGCAUCGUCGCGGCCGAUUUCUACGCGAAAAAUAAUUACGAUAACUUCCCGCCGGCGCGAUGGACCACUUAUCUACUGUUAGCCAUGAUGACCCUGCUGCUAUUCUCCUAUUUCAUAUGGAUGUACAUGGCGAUACAGUAUCACCAGAGGAUCUGGUUUUAUUGGUGGCAAAAAACGAGCACAGUAAAAAUUAUAUUGAAUCCAGAAAAUAGGAUUCCAAUAAACUACAAGUCUAACGUAUCACAAGUUUAAGAGUUACUGAACACUCGAGUAAGUCCGUCCUUUUCACAAUAAUAAUUAAGACGCUCUUCUCUUGAUCGAAAUUUUCCCUCGACUGAGUUGGGAUAUGUAUAUUCGCACUUUGCUCCCAUCCGAAACUUUCUUCACCCAAAUCUGUGAAACGGACAAAUUAUACUUUUCAAAAAUAAACGAAACAAACGUUCGUCUGAAUUUAA